CCCCGCCCCGUUCCCUCGGCCACCAACCGGUAUAUAAGGCUUCAACCCUGAAAAUUCUGCCAGUUUCCACCCGGAUUCGACGCCGGGGGCUUGUCGUGGUUUGCUAAAAGUUUAUGCAAAGAUACAUCGCGAUGCGUUGCUGCGUCGCUGCGCUAUGGCUUUCGGCUCUGACGACCCUGGCGGUGGCAGCCAGUGAGGAGGCCAGCCACGAGCCGGCGGCUGUUCAGCCUGACAACGACGUGGAACUAACAGACGAGGAGAAGCGAGCGUGGUCCAGUCUACACGGCGGCUGGGGCAAACGGGGAUGGCAAGAUUUAAACUCCGCCUGGGGUAAGAGAGCCUGGGAGGACCUCAACUCGGCGUGGGGCAAGAGGGGUUGGCAAGACCUCAACUCAGCGUGGGGCAAGAGAGGAUGGCAGGACCUGAACUCCGCGUGGGGUAAAAGAGGAUGGCAAGAUCUGAAUUCUGCGUGGGGCAAGCGCGCGUGGAGCGAUCUUUCUCAAACGCCUUGGGGCAAAAGGGGUUGGAAUGAUAUGAGCUCGGCCUGGGGCAAGAGGGGUUGGAAUGACAUGAAUGCAGCGUGGGGCAAAAGGGGUUGGAAUGACAUGAAUGCGGCGUGGGGCAAAAGGGGUUGGAAUGACAUGAAUGCGGCGUGGGGCAAAAGGGGUUGGAAUGACAUGAAUGCAGCGUGGGGCAAAAGGGGAUGGAAUGAUAUGAGUUCGGCGUGGGGAAAGCGUGCACCGGAGAAGUGGGCUAACUUCCACGGCUCGUGGGGCAAGAGAUCGGGCCCUGAGACCGACUACGAGGACCUGGAAGCUGUUAUUGGACAACUGGUCCCGUCACAACAGGUGGACAGCGUGGAACAAGAGGCGAUUGACGUGCCCGAGAAGAAAGCGUGGCAGACGCUCCACGGCGCGUGGGGCAAGAGGCCUGUCAAGCCGGCCAACUACAAUAGCGGAGCGUAUUACUGGAAGCGCGAGCCCGGCUGGACGAACCUCCGGGGCAUGUGGGGAAAACGCGCGGCGGCAGACGCGGAACACGAAGGCAGCCCAGCACGAGACGAGCCUUAAACCCACGACUGCGACCAGAAACCACAACCGUCAUAUCUUAGGUGCCAUCUGUCGUCCGCCCCCGCAACUAUUAUAUUAAGUGCUGCCAUCUCUUGUCCACUCCCGCAACUCCUACUAAAUCCUACUAAACGAUACUGCGCGCAACUCGUCCCACUUCCAACCAGUGGAAUGACUUGCAAACUCGAGCGGUAUGAGUUCCUAUAAUCUCAUCUAUUAAAAAACAAAUACGCAUAGAUUGAUUGUAUACAAAAAUUUUCUAUUUCACGUACAAAUAUCUGAUCUAACUAUGUCACCUUCUAGACUUUAAAUUAAAUUACUUAGUCUAAGACAAUGAUUAUUUUUAUGGUAUUUGUAAUACGUUAGGGUUACGUGUGGGCCGGUGUAACUAUGUAUUGUAAUGCUAGUUAGUUGAAUUAAUUAAUAAUGAUAAAUUAAUUGUAUUUUACUAGUAACGUUGAUGUAAAUUAUAACGGCCUCGCGGCGAUGUUUGUCAAAUAAAAGUUUAUUCGGAAGCUA